AUGGCUGGAGUCCGUAGGAAGAAGACACAACGUAACAAACGCCCCAAUUCAACGGCACCUGGACGUGUAUUAAAACGGAAAGCAGCUAAAGUGACGAUCAGCAACAAUACGAUCAAGAAAAAUUGGAAUAAGAAGAAAACAUUACGGGAAAAUUUUUCAAGCAUUGGAUUAGCUAUAAACUCCAACAAAGCAAUUAAAAUUCGAGAUGUAACAGAGCGAAUGGAAGUAGAUCAACCAGCUAAUCCAUCUAAGCCAACAACCAAAGUUGUUCAAGAAUUAGAAAUGAUUGCAAGCCAAGGAAGCCAAACGACAAGGAGACACAUCGCACCUGGUGAAGUAAAAUUCUUAAAGGACCUAAUGGAUAGCCAUGGUGAAAAUUAUGAGGCUAUGGCUCGGGACAAGAGAAAUUGCUAUCAACAGACUGCUAAACAAUUGGAAAGAAAGUGUAAAAAUUUAAUGAAAGCAGUAUCUGAUGGAAUUAUUAAAAUGUAA